AUGUCCAACGCCGACUACAGCAUCAAUACGGAGUAUGGACACCGGGUGUCAGCCCAGGAUGAGAGCGCUCCUCUGCUGGGAGGCCACCAAGCACAAGACCGGACGUCCUCCGGAGCCUCAUUUGGAUUUUCGGUUUUCAAUUUAAUGAAUGCCAUCAUGGGAAGUGGAAUCCUGGGGUUAUCUUUUGCAAUGGCCAGCACAGGAAUUAUUGGCUUCAGUAUCCUGCUGUUGAUCGUGGCAUUGCUGGCUGCAUACUCCAUUCACUUGUUGCUCCGUUUAUGCAUUCAGACUGCUGUUACAUCUUAUGAGGAUCUUGGUCUCCUUGCCUUUGGCUCACCUGGAAAGAUUCUUGUGGCAAGCACCAUUCUUAUUCAGAACAUUGGAGCUUGGGACACAACGAUGAUGGGACAAAUGACCGUAAAAAACGGGACUUUACUGGCAAAAUAAAGACUACUGGCAAGGUAAUGCCCAAAUCUCCACCCACCAUCUCCAGUGUCCCACCAGCC